AUGAAGUUUCAAUACCUAUCAGUAACCAGCACCGGCAAGGAUUCCAACAUCUACAUCAUAACCCUCAACAAACCACCAGAGAACCGCCUCAACGUCGCCGCCUGCCAAGAGCUAAUCAGAGCAUACCGCUAUGUCGAGUCCUGUCUCGGCCAAGAUUCCGCUGGCGCAGUGAUCCUGACCGGCAACGACCACAAGUUCUUCACAACCGGCCUCGACCUGUACGAGCGAGACGUCAACAAGUUUGCGUCAUCGGAUGGAUUCUACCCACUACUACACACGGUCCUGGACUUUCCAUUCCCGACAAUCGCGCUGAUCAACGGGCACGUGUUUGGUGGAGCUUGCUUGUUGACGCUGGCGCACGACUACCGGGUGAUGAACUCGAAGCGAGGGUUCUGGCAGAUGCCGCCCGUUGACGCUGGACUACAUCAUGUGGGAAUGGGUAGUCUUGUUCGGUCGAAGCUGAGUCCACAAGUAGCGCGGAAAGUGUUGCUGCAGGCACAUAAGUAUACCGGCAAGGAAGCGUUGCAGGAUGGCAUUGUUGAUGUUAUUGCGGAGCCAGAAGAGAUGCUGCAGGAGGCAAUCAAGAUCGCUGAGCAAUGGAAAGACAAGAGUCGGAUGGGCGUGUAUGCUCUGCUCCGAGACGAGCUGUGGGGCGAGGCAAGGAAGCAGUAUGCUCAGAAUAGCUACGUACACAGGAUGGAAACAGCGAGGGAACCGAAGGUGAAGCUGUAG